GGAUGGGUCUGUGUGCGGAAGUCUUUUGGGCAUCGUGUUUUUUUCAAACGACUGUACAUGUAGCGAAGUUUAGAAGCUUCUGUGUCGGUCGAUAAACGGUAACUUGUAAUUUCAGCGUUUCAGUCCGUAAUUUUGUGGCAUUAACAGCUUUACAGUGUGGUAUGGUUUCGUAAAGUUGUCGGCUAUGUCCAAAAAAACGAGUAGGAAACGAAGCGACAGCGAAUCAAAACACCUUCCAAUCUAUCGGCACAAAAUCAAAUUAGUUCAAGCUGUUAAAGACAGCACCUUCRUACUAGUCACCGGUGAAACAGGAAGCGGGAAAACCACACAACUUCCUCAGUACCUGUAUGAAGCAGGUUUUUGUAAAAAUGGUAAAGUUGUGGUCACCCAGCCCCGUAGGGUGGCUGCUAUCACGGUGGCCCAGAGGGUGUCUCAGGAGAUGAAGUGCACUCUGGGAAAAGAGGUUGGAUACCAAGUACGCUUUGAUGACUGCACAUCACAGGACACAGCGGUGAAGUACAUGACCGACGGCUGUCUGCUCAGAGAGGUCCUAGCAGAUCCUGCGCUGUCUCAGUACAGCGUCGUGAUAUUGGAUGAAGUUCAUGAACGCAGCCUGAAUACAGACAUUCUUCUUGGCUUGUUGAAGGACCUCUUCUCUAACCCCUCUAAGGCCGCUAAGGGCCGAGCGUUCCCUCUCAAAGUGGUGGUGAUGUCUGCCACUUUGGAAGCUGAUAAACUUUCAGUUUUUCUCAGCAACUGUCCGGUCUUUACCAUUCCUGGUAGGGUAUUUCCUGUAACGUGCACAUUUGGCUCAGCUGUUGGGCCGAAGGAUGCAGAGAGCACGUUUUACGUCAAAGAGGUGGUUAAAGUGGCUCUGGAUGUGCAUACCAGUGAAAUGGCUGGAGAUAUUCUGGUAUUUUUGACAGGCCAGUCAGAGAUUGAGCGUGCCUGCGACUUGAUGUUUGAAAAAGCCGAAUGCAUCGACUAUCGCUACGAUGUGCAAGACCAAACAGUGGCGGGUCUUCUUAUUUUACCUCUUUAUGGAUCAAUGCCCACCGAUCAACAGAGGCAGAUCUUUCAGCCCCCACCUCCAGGAAUAAGGAAGUGUGUCGUAGCUACAAACAUAGCAGCAACAUCUUUAACCAUCAAUGGCAUCAAGUACAUCGUGGACAGCGGCUUUGUGAAGCAGCUCAAUCACAACUCCAGGGUGGGCAUGGAUGUGCUGGAGGUGGUGCCGAUUUCAAAGAGCGAGGCGCAGCAGAGAGCCGGUCGAGCUGGAAGAACCUCUGCCGGGAAGUGCUUUCGAAUUUAUACCGUGGAAUUCUGGGAGAAGUGCAUGCCCGAGUACACGGUUCCUGAGAUUCAGAGGACGAGUCUGACGGCAGUGAUUCUCACGCUCAAGUGUCUGGGUGUUCACGACGUGAUCAGGUUUCCUUAUCUGGACCGUCCGGAGGAGAGAUUUAUUCUGGAGGCACUAAAGCAGCUCUUCCAGUUUGAUGCCAUUGACAGGAGAGGUAAAGUGACCAAGCUUGGGGAGCUGAUGGUGGAGUUCCCUUUGCACCCGGGUCUCACCAGGGCUUUGCUCAAAGCUGCUUCACUUGGCUGCCAGGACCUGCUGCUUCCUMUGGCGGCCAUGCUGUCUGUGGAGAACAUCUUCAUCAGGCCAGGUCAUCCAGACAAACAGAAAGAAGCAGAUAUGAAGCACAGAGCCCUGGCUGCAAAGGCAGGCGGAAUGAACGACUUCGUCACACUGCUUUGUGUGUUUCAGUUGUGUAAAUCCAGUGAUCGACCAUCAGCUUGGUGUAAGGAGAACUGGAUCCACUGGAGGGCGCUGAAGUCAGCUUUUAGUGUGGAGACUCAGUUGAGAGAAAUCCUCCUCCGCCUCCAGCAGAGGAGAGAUUUCCCUGUUGAAACAUUUGAUGGAAAUAAAAGUGAGCUCCUCAGACGAUGCCUUUGCACAGGAUAUUUCACCAAUGUUGCCAGAAGAUCUGUUGGGAAGGUGUUUUGCACAAUGGAUGGCCAUGGAUCUAUGGUUCACAUUCAUCCAGCAUCAUGUCUGUUUGAGCAAGAGGCAGAGCUGAACUGGGUCAUCUUCCACGAUGUGCUGGUCACCUCGCGGAUCUACAUCAGGACGGUGUGUCCGAUCAGAUACGAGUGGGUGAAGGAUUUGUUGCCUAAACUCCAUGAAGUGGACGUUUAUGAGCUGAGCAGCGUAGCAAGACAAGAAGUUACAGAGGAGGAGAUGAUGAAAUGGGAGACCAGAGAAGCUGCAAAAAGGAAACAAGACGUUUCAACUGAAGACGCGAUGAAGAAGCUGGAGAAGCGAAACAAUGAAAGCACGCUGAGCGACGCUCGAGCUCGCUACCUGCAGCGAAAGCAGCAAAGACAACAGAGUAAAACAUCCUGACAGAAACGACUUUGUGGAAAUGAUUUGUACUCGGAAAUAAAACUGUUUUUAAUGUUCUUUUAAAAAAAGACAUUCAUGUCACUGUCA